GAGGCUGUGUGGACUGCGCGCGUCCGUGCCAGCAUUCCUCGUAAAUGUUUACGACAAGUUCGUCAACUUUAUAACUACAUAUAAAUAAAUUAAUCUGUAUGACUUAAACUGUAAUUAAAGUGUUGUAAUUGUAAAAUAAUACAUUGUUUUAAUAUUUGAAUACAUUUUUUUUUAUUCUUCGUAAAAUUUCUACGGUGUUUUGUUUGAAGAUACUAUUUGCCGGCUUCUAUUCAAAGGAAUCUGGGAGCAGGAUUGUUAUUUUGUUUCAGCGGCAGCGGGUGGGUGCGCGCGCGCUUGAGGCGGUGGCGGCGCGCUAAACGUUCCCCUACGCCGGACCAUGCGCCGGCGCAUGCGACCAGUGACACCGCGCAGCGCCGACAGUACGCGCGCACCAUGAAUAUGAAGCUCAAGGAGCGGCUCGCGCUCGCUCUUAGCGCAUUUCUUGUACUGUUCACACUGAUGCUGAUUGUUGACAUACAAAUGGACUACGGCAUCUCCGGACACAGGGUACCAUUGCAUGGACGUGUCAAAAUAGGCGAUGACACGGAUAAAGGAAGAUCGGCGUAUAUAGAGUUUAGAAAAAGAUUUCUACAGAAAAGUAAUGGUAGCAAUGGUUCACGAGAGUACGAGCAGUCGGCUCCGAGUGAGACGAGUGGUGGCGACGCUGAACCUAGGACGCCGGCGACACCUGCUGAUAGAUUCGAGGACCUGCAGAGGAUACUGGUCUUCCAGUUGCAGGGGAAGUCUGAUGACAACCCUGUGGUGGUGCCACCCCAUCGAGAUCUGAACGUCUUAAGACCCGAGAACCCUACCAUCGGUGAAAUGGAGGACUUGGAACCAAGUGUAAAUGCCUCAAAUCUGGAGAAAUUUCAAUUGAAAAUAGCGCAACACGAGCUCUAUGAAGACGGAGAGCCGCUGGUCAGCGCCAUUCUUCGCGACAUGACCUUUGAACCCAUCCUACAUGUUGAACAAAAGGAAGGAGGAACGCAACUGAAGCUCAUCAUCGACUAUCCAAAUGGCGUGCAGGCUUUAUUCAAACCGAUGAGGUUCGCCCGGGAUGUACAAACUCUACCUAAUCACUUCUACUUCUCAGACUAUGAGCGGCAUAACGCUGAAAUUGCUGCUUUUCAUCUUGACAGGAUACUCGGUUUCCGUCGAGCGAUGCCGGUGGUGGGUCGAGUUGUGAAUAUGACCACUGAGAUCUAUGACGUCACUGAGGGAGACAUCUUGAAGACGUUCUUCGUAUCUCCAGCGAACAACUUCUGUUUCCACGGCAAGUGUUCGUACUAUUGCGACACAGGACACGCGAUAUGCGGCAAUCCGGACAUGUUAGAAGGCAGCUUUGCGGCUUUCCUACCAACCUCGGAUCUAGCGGAGCGUAAGGUGUGGAGACAUCCCUGGCGAAGAUCUUAUCACAAACGAAGGAAAGCUCAGUGGGAGCUGCAGUCCGACUACUGUGAUACGGUCCGCAGUACUCCGCCCUACGACUCCGGCCGUCGUCUGUUAGAUCUCAUAGACAUGUCGAUAUUCGACUUCCUCACUGGGAACAUGGACAGACAUCACUAUGAGACAUUCAAAAUGUUCGGCAACGAGACUUUUACGUUGCACCUGGACCAGGGACGAGCUUUCGGUAAGGCGUUCCACGACGAGCUCAGCAUACUCGCGCCACUGCUACAGUGCUGCACCGUUAGACACACUACGCUUGCAGUCCUUCUUAAAUUCCAUAACGGCGUGCCACUAUCGAAAGUGCUCCGAGAUUCUAUGAAAGCUGACCCCGUGAAUCCCGUGCUUUGGGAGCCUCACCUGGCCGCGUUAGACAGACGUAUAGUUACAGUACUGGACGCGAUCAGGAAAUGCAUAGAUAAAUUAGAAAAUCCUCUACCGAAUGAACUGAACUCUGUCGUGUGACAUGAAACUAUGAUGGUGUGAUGUGAUGUGAUGUGAUGUGAUGGAAACAUUAAGUGUUCAUGACAUGUGAUUUGUGAUGGUUUUAAGGGAAAGUGCAAUGGAAGGACUCACUAGUCGGUCUCGUGUUCCUGAUGGAAAUGUCAAUGCAAGUCUUUGGUCGACGAAAGACUUUAUAGAUUUAAGUUAUUGUGCCAAAGAUUGUCCAAAUGAUAUCUUCGAUUGUAUUCAGCAUAAUUUUAAAAUCAUUCCACUGGUUGAGCCAUUUUUAUGCCAAAUAAUAUCUUUGUUUGUACAAAUUUGUACCGCUUUUUCGAUAGAUUUGUUUAAGUGUUUGUAUAUUUUGUUAAAAAUUAAGUGCAAAAUUUUUGUACAUAAUAAGUUUAAUGCAAAUUAUUUAAUCUGUACACAUAAAUAUAUAUGUCGUUGUGAAUCCGUUACCAGCUUGAAGCUCAAGAAACCACAUAUCAAAUGAAUUUGGUGAUGUUUUUUUAAUUAUUGUGAAUUUAUAUAUAUUAAGAUCGUCUGUUGUUUUUUUUUUCUGGGACUCUGUAUCAUUCGUUAAUUAUCUGUGAUCUCGGAAAGAAUCAUGUCCUAAUAAUAUAUUUAUUACAUUAAAUGUUAUUUAUAUUUAGUCCUAAGUUUAUUUUUAAUAUAAUUAUAGCUGUAUUAAGACCUUCUUGAUUAUAUUUUUAAUGUAUAAAUGGUUUGCUUGAGGCUCAGACACCGCAUGUAGACUUGCCAAAGACGUAAGCGCGAUCUGUUUUAAAUGUUGUAUAGGCUAUUUUUAAUAUAAAAUAUCGCGUGUUUUUCUUUACUGUUAAUAAAUUUUAAAUGAAAUAUA